AGUCCCGCCAGUGAUGGCCGACGAUCUCAGAUGGGAAGGAGAACUGUUUGUAAACAAAACAGUUCUCCCUCCCUGUCAGCUCAUGCACACUACUGUGCAUGGCAGUAUGCUUACAGUGAAGCACAAACACACAGCCCCAAGUAAAACACACACAGCACACAGUUAACCCUUUGAUCUCCCUACAUGUUAACCCCUUCCUGCCCAGUGCCAUUAGUACAGUGUCAGUGUUUUUUUUGAGCACUGAUCACUGUAUUGGUGUCACUGGGGAUGUCAGUGACACCAAGUCAGUUCCCCCCCCCCCCACUGUCAGAAUGCCUGCCGCAGCCCCACUGUGA